GACUGUUAUGAAUAGCCUUGUACCAUGUGACCUAUGUAAUCAUUCACAUAUUUCACACGUAGUAAGCAAUGAUGUCAGAAGUGACAUCUUGCUUACUGUUCUGCAUGUGACCAUUGAUUGGCCAAUCAGUGAUCACAUGAUCGGGACCUCGCACAGAGGUCACGUACGACGAUCGGUGUUCCACUGUGUUUGGAAGACACAGUGGGCACCGGAUUGCAGUGCCAUGCGCUCCCAGGGAGCGCACACAGGUGGGGAGCAGGGAGGAUGUUUAUAAACAGCCACCCAUUCCUGCAAUGUUCCCUUCCGGCCAUUUAUAUACAUGGGCUGGACGGGAAGUGGUCAA